AUGCUGCUCCACCCUUGAUGCAGCGGGGCAGAAAAUAGGUGAAAAGUGGCGAUACAGGGGCAACAGGGGCAGUUAAUCGUUUGAGGAUCUUCGCGGGCGGAAGCACAACGGUGACAGAAGUUUGUGCUGCGGGACACAAGAUUUAAUGGCGGCGCUGAAACAGUGUCAGACGAAACUGAAACUUCUAGGUUUUAACCAGACAAGGAGGCGGUUUGACAGAGCUUUGGAUAGAGACAGAACCUGCAGCUUGGUGGCCGCUCCGUGGACCGUUUCUUCAGCCAUGUCGAGACUGACAGGUGUCCGGACCUCAGCGUGCUUCCAUCGUCUUUCCUCUCUAUCUUCUGGCUGCUUGGAGAAGCCGCCGUUGAGACGCAGACUGAAGGUUGACAACAUUUCUGCUGCAGCACAAAGGACCGCCAGAGAGCUAAGAACCUCAGUCACAGUCCCCCAGUAUGAUCUGAAACCAGAUGUCCCGAACUCUGAAGGCCGGAGGCUGUUUUUCGAUACACAUGCGGUGGUGCGACUGCUUGAAGAAAACGGUUUUACUACUCAGCAAGCUGAAGUGUUGGUUAAAGUCCUGGUGACGAUGACAACCUCCAACAUGGAUGUUAUUUAUACUGACAUGGUAACCAAGGUGCAGCAGGAGAUCGUGUUGCAGCGUGUGAUGUCUCAAAUUGCAGCUGUAAAGAAGGACAUGAUCAUCCUUGAGAAGAGCGAGUUCUCUACUCUGCUGGCAGAGAAUGAGAAACUCAAGAUCCAGUUAUUACAGCUCAAGGUCCAGCUAGCUGACGUCAUGAAUCAAGUGCGUUCAGACACUAUUCUGGACAUGAAUUUGGAGAAAAGUCGUGUAAAAGAACUGAAAGCAGAACAUGAGAAGAAGCUUCUAGAAGCACGAACUGAGAUCAUGGAAAUGACGGCAGAACAGGAUCGCCAUCUGACUCAGACAAACAUGAAGAUAGACACUGAAGUGGCCGGUUUGAAAACCAUGUUAGAGUCUCACAAACUGGAUACUAUCAAAUACCUUGCAGGUUCAGUGUUCACCUGCCUCACUGUAGUGUUGGGCUUCUAUCGUAUUUGGAUGUAAACAGGACCUUGAAUCUUGACUUAUGUAACCUGUGGCAACAUUUGAACGUUCAAUGCAUCCUCCAAAUCGAACAACAUUUGAAGACUAACUGUUUUUCACUCUGACCUCACUUUGUUGGAUUAAUUUGCAUUUCCUGGUGCAAUCGUGGCGUAGUGGUUAGCACUUCUGCAGCAAGAAGAUCCCGGUUCAAAUCCCGGCUUAGGUCUGGGAUCUUUCUGCAUGGAGUUUGCAUGUUCUCCCUGUGCAUGCGUGGAUUUUCUCCGGGUACUCCGGCUUCCUCCCACAGUCCAAAAAUAUGCUGAGGUUAAUUGAUCACUCUAAAUUGUCCUUAGGUGUGAAUGUGAGUGUGAUUGUUUGUCAGUAUAUGUAGCCCUGUGACAGACUGGUGACCUGUCCAGGGUGUCCCCUGUCUUCACCCGAGUCAGCUGGGAUAGACUCCAGCACCCCCCGCGACCCUAGUGAGGAUAAAGCGGUGUAUAGAGAAUGGAUGGAUGUAUGGAUGGUGCAGUCGUAUUCUUUUCUCAGAAGUACAAAUAAUGGAAGAACAGCUCUCCCACCUGGUCACUGGUGGACUUUUUGUCCUCUUGCACAGUUGUUUUUUUUUUUUCUUUUUGGUGGCCCGUUGCUAUUCCCAGGCUGCUGGAACAAAGCUGAUAAAUGCACUUAAUAAAAAUGUUGUAUGUUUUAUUUGGGCUGACACUGUUUGAAAUUGAAUAUUAACUUUUUUAAUGCCAUGCAUUUUUGUUCUGUGCUUAUAUUUCAAGCUGUAGCUACUGGAGAUAAAUUUGAAGAUGUAACUGAAGGUUAAGGUCUCUGGUACACAAAUACAAAUGUUUAACUUGGUUUCAGAAAUGCUUCAAAGAUUGUUGGACAGAUAUUAUUUAUUAUUUGAAUACAGUUAAUAAGUGUAAACUUUGUGUGAACAAUUAGUUUUUAUUUGUGGAGUUGUGUAAAGCUGAUGUUGAUUUAAUGUGUUUGGGUUUUAAAACAUAUUGAGAAUCCGUAAGUAAUAAAGUGAUGAGGAACAUAA